AUUUUGGUUGUUCUGACGCUGGACUGAAGCAAACUGUGGAUGUGCUAGCAACAAACAAGCACUUUACGUGUGGAUAUAGAUAGCUAACUAGCUAAGCUAUUGUUAUAUUUUUACAGUAGCAAGCUUGCUAGCUAGUUAACCGUUCCCGUAACGUAGCUAGAUAAGUACUGAAAGGUAAGCAACUAACGUUAGCUAGCUUUGGCAAUCAGUGUCAUGAUUAGCUAGCUACGUUAGCUAACUAGCUACCAAGCAGGCUCCUUAAUUAAAUAACUAAUAUGUAGCUAACAGUAACGUUAAUCUGCCGUUGACGUUAUCUAGCUAAGGUCAGCUAGGUGUUUCUAAUAGACUUAUUUCGGUCUGGCACCAUGCUAACGUUAUGUUGUGACCCCUCUGAAAAGUUUAGUUAAUCUUGUUGUUUCAUAAUUCUAGAGUUGGUGGCCAAAGCGGGCCAGUGAGGAGGACAGAAUGUCGGGCGACCUGGUAGGGGUGUGGGAAGUGGCCCUGAGCGAUGGAGUCCAUAGAAUUGAGUUUGAACAUGGCACAACAACGGGGAAAAGGGUAAUCUACAUAGACGGAAAGGUAAAACUUGAUCAAUAAUGUUUACGUUACACUUAACCCUAUGUAUUAGACAAGCUCACUCGACUCUCUCUCUGUUUGAGAUGGAGUGGUAGCUUCUCUUCAUCUCCCUCAAUGGCAGUAGCAUUCAGAGUACCAUUUGACAUGCAUGCCUUUGCUAUGUAUUGCAUUUGUGUGUGUGUGUUUUAGCCUACAAUUACUACUCGGGUACUGUCCAAAAAGUAAAUGUAGGAAUUUUGAAUGUAGGUAUAAUAUUAUCAUAGUAUGACAAUAACAUACAGUCACACUGAAUUAUUGUCCCGCUUGCAUUUUUUCCUUUGCCCAGGAAAUUGUAAGGAGAGACUGGAUGUUCAAGCUGGUGGGAAAGGAGACCUUCAACGUGGGAAGCGCGGCCACCAAAGCGACCAUUAACAUUGACGCAGUGAGCGGCUUUGCUUAUGAAUACACACUGGAGAUCAAUGGGAAGAGCCUGAAAACGUACAUGGAGAACCGCUCCAAAGUCACCAGCACUUGGCUGCUCAAUCUGGACGGCAUCGACUGCAGGGUCGUCCUGGGUAAAAUAUGUGCCCUAUUGGUCCAUUUCCUCUCCCCAGCUUGUAUUGCAAACAUAUUGCGGGUUAUUGCGGGUGUAGUGAAAUUCUUAUAAGGGAAAACAGGUUUUGAUGGUGGCCUCUAUUGGCACAUUGUCUGCCCGACUCACUAUGGCAUUAGGUUUUAUUGAGCCAUUGAGAUUUAUUUACAAAGUGCAAAAGAUUGCUGUGGCAAUGUUUGUCUUUUGUGGGUGUUUGCAAAGCACCUCCCAUAAAAUAUAAAUCACAUCAAAUGACUGAAGUCUGAAUUCUGAUAGGCUAUCUCAGCCACUCCGUAACUUCAAAGUGAAAUAGAUGGGUUCAAAAUACACUUGCCUGUUUUUAAUAAGCCCCAAAGGUAACAUUAGGUCUGACUUGUUGUAACACAAUGAAAGGCAAUGGUGCUAAACAAAAUCAAUGACCUGGUUACAAACCCAUGUGUUAGGUUCUUGGUUGUUGCAUUUAUUAGUUUAUGAGGAUAUGGAACUGACAAUUUACCAUUGCAUUAGCUAGGCUAUAGUACCUUUGACGGUUCUCUAUUGAACAGAGUGGGUGUGACUGUAAAAACAUUCACUCCUAGUAUUGUUAGGUGAGUGUUAGCCUAUUUCUUUAUGCUACACCCCUUCCAACUCGCGCCCCUCAACAACUUGCUAGUUUUUUUUUUUAUUGUGCCCAGCAACCAAAACAAAGACCACAUGAAUUGACUGGACUAUUUAGAAUAGCAAUGCUUAUCUUCCACUGAUGUUAUGUCAUGGAUGAGGCUGUUAUUUUUAUUUCACACCACCAUCCUAGGGCUUAUGGAAAAUAGUAGGCCUUGUAACUGUUCCAGACUGGGAAAGACAGGUAGCCUAGAGGUUAAAGAGGUGGGCCAGUAACCAGAGGGUUGCCAGUUCCAAUCCUGGGUCUGAGGGGAAAAUCAAGAGCUGGAUGAGAGCUGGCAACUGGAGAUGCUAUCACCUGCUGUUGUGCCCUUGAGCAAGGCACCUCUCACCUGAAACUGCUCCAGGGGCACAUUUCUAUGGCCUACUUCUUCAUUUUCUUCUUCUUCAUUUGGCACUUUGCCAACCUGCCCUCCACCACUGCUCACCUUUUCUAAGAAUUGGCUCAGGUGGGUUAAUCAUCUUGUCUAACUGUUGGGUGAAACAAUUCACGUAUUUAUCAUUAAUUAGCCACUGCAAAUCUCUUUGCUAACUUAACCCUAUGUAUUAGACAAGCUCACUCGACUCUCUCUCUGUUUGAGAUGGAGUGGUAGCUUCUCUUCAUCUCCCUCAAUGGCAGUAGCAUUCAGAGUACCAUUUGACAUGCAUGCCUUUGCUAUGUAUUGCAUUUGUGUGCAAUACAUAGCUGUCUCCAAAAAGUCAAGGUUUCGCCAGCAAUAUUUACUUAUUGACGUUCUUUGACUUCUCCACUUUACAAGCUCAGAAUCCACUUAUGUUGGUAGGCAGUUAAUUGUAUGUGUUCCUUGAUUGUAUUUGUCAACCCUGUCCCUGUAUUCACAGAGAGAAGCAACUGUGCAGUGUUUUUUUCUAGAUAAAAAAGGGGGCUUAGGUGGUUGGCGUGGAAAUGGGCGCGGUAGGCUUGUUGACACGGCUGAUUUGUAGAGAAUUUUAGAGGCCCCCAUCUUGGCGGUGUAGAUAAUUUUUAUAACUUUUAGUCAAUUUUCCUGCAAUUCUACACAUUUCUCCAUGGAGCUGAGAGACAUUUGCAGUUUUAAAGCUAAUUUCCUGCAAUUCUACACAUUUUGACAUGCAGCUGAGAGAAAAUGUUGUCGUUUAAAAGCUACUUUCCUGCAAUUCUAUGCAUUUUGCCAUGGCUAAUUCUGUGUUAUUUUGCUCAAACAUAAUAACAAAAUCAAUACUGCUAAAUUCAUUGUUUUUGGAAUUUCCUAUUCUCCCUGACUGUCUAGCUUUUAUAUUGGUGAUUGUUAGUUCUCAAAGAUUAUAUUAUUUAAAAAAAUAUAUAGGUCAUUAUCUUUUCUACAUACUUUAUAUCUGGUUUUAGUUCUGGUUUUAGUUGUUUCAGUUUACACUGAAAAGGGUAAACAGAAAAAUCCCUGCUGUGUUUACAAGCAGGGGAUAUCCACGAGUCCACAACCCUUGCUCUCAGAAACAAUUGGAGUGUUAUGCACACUAUCCAUAAAAGCCACUGAGGAUACUGAAAGCCUGUCAUAUCUGCAUUAAAUUAUCAGUUUAAUUAAUUUAAUGUGCUCUAAAUAGUAACGUGAAAAAUAAUACUGAAGGAAAACACGUAAAUGAAUCUAGUUAGGUGUACUACCAUAACCAACACGAUGCCAAAAUGAUCUUCUCUCUAUCAAGGUUAGCAGGAGAGCAUUUGAAAGAGACUGGAGAAAUCCAGGUUGAUUUGCAGUGCCAUUGGUAGCUUUGACUCACGCUCCUUUGAAAUCAGUCAAAAGCCUAUCUCAAUAUAUAGCCUAAGAAAAAUGCUUUACUUUGGCAGAAGCCAAGUCACAGCUAUUGUAAAGGCAUGUUCUCAUGGUGAUCAUCAUCAAUCAGGAGUACAAUAUGUGCUGCUUACAUUUUCUGUGUAUCCUGAAGUAUUUUAUUGAUGUUUGCCUUAUGUGUUAUUUUUCUCUUUCCACAGAGAAAGACACCAUGGAUAUUUGGUGUAAUGGACAAAAAAUGGAGACAGCGGUAAGCAUCUUCCCUCCAAUCAUGCUGAGAAUCACUUAACACAAAGAUGAACACUAGCAACGCGUAUGCCCCGCCUACCUGUCAAUCUUCUAUUUCCUGUUUGAGGGGUGCAAAAUCCACUUGUCACUUAAAUUUUGCUGGAUCGAUUGCUUUUAUUAUAAUCCUGCGACUCUUUCAUACUCUUGCUUGUGCCUUUAGUUUUUUCCCGUUAACGUUACAACUGCGGAAAUAUUUGUAAUGUCCUGUCAAGCACACUCCGGUAAUGGCUGAAAUGGGCUCAAUGGAAUACGUUGUCUUUCCGUUGCAUCUAUAAGAAUGUUUAAGCUUUGUUGUGGAUUUUAACACAUCUCGACACUUACAUCACAAGAAAGAGAAGAAAGCUACCUUUAUUUUGAUGGGUGUUCAUUUUUGGGGAAUUGAAGAAAGUAAUAAUUUAAUACAGUUGAAAUGUUUACAAAUUAGAUGCGCUGAAAUGAACGCAACUUCCGAAAAUGAUCUCUUGGAUUAUAGUGAUAUUAUGUCUGAUCUCGCAAACAAUGUAAAGUAUGUAUAGAUAGGUGUAAUCUAGAGCCAAGUGUGUUGAUUUUUAAUCCGAGGGUAUCCUGCUAUUGACACACUUGUUGAAUCAUGCAACAGAACGUGACAACAAUGGUAAUUAAUGAGUCAGUCGAGACAGUACUAGUAUAUGCAGGAAGGCCUAGACAAAGCAAUUCUUUGGUGGUUGCAGCCUGCUCCACACCUUUAUGUUAAUUUAUUCAUAAAUGCAUUCACACCCAGUGAAUUAAUGCAAAUUAGGCACAUAUAACUUAGAUUAUUUGAACACAAAAUAUUGUAAACAAUACCUGAUACAAUUAGAAAAUGUAUGAGUGCAUUCUAAGAAAAAAUUUGAGCGUGCAUGAUUAGCAUUAUUUGACGCAAUAACAGGGAAAUGCACCACUCCUAACCUCUCAGCCCACUUAAAAUCCACCAUAUCCCUCCAUACACUCUUAAUUUAUGUAUAAUAUUUACAUUACGUUAAACUUUACUGAAAUCUAUUGAUCAUAAAUGCGAAUCUGUUCAUCUCUAUCUCGUUCACAGGGGGAGUUUGUGGAAGACGGUACUGAGACACACUUCACUCUAAGCGACCACGACUGUUGCAUUAAGGCCAUGAGCAGUGGAAAGAGGCGAGAUGGCAUUAUCCACACUUUGCUCGUGGACGGCACAGAGAUAGCUGAAACCACAGAGUGAUUUUGUGUGUGUGUUUUGAGCACUUUGACGGAGCGAAGACAGCCUUUGCAAAUCAGGGACACAAUAAUAGACUGAACAUUGGUGCUGUGUGAUAUUUCACUGUCAAGCUGGAGCCCAUGAGGUACCUCUGCACAAUGACCACGAUCUUAGAUGGUUAUCUCAUGGGCUCCAGUUCUGCAGACAUACAGUAUUUUCUAUCAUUUUAUCUGGUAAACUGACAUUAUCACCAGUGGGUGAAAGGCAGGAUGCGCAGUUGUGUCAAGAGGAGUAGUCAUGUCAAUAAAAGCCUACUCCUAAAUGGGAAAACAUUUCUUAAUUUUUAAGUUGAUAUGCCAGAAAGUGCACUGUGUAUGAGGAAUUAUCCUUGUACUUGUACAUUUACAAAACAAAUGGCACCCUAUUCCCAUUGACCAGAGGUAGCCAUAUGGGCCCUGGUCAAAUGUAGUG